AUGGAAAGUCCUGAUCCGGCAGUGGCCAGCAGCACCACGGACAGCUCCGUGAUGGAAGCGCUGCGCUUUCACGGAAUCAGCCAAUUCGUCCUUUACAAAUAUGAGGAUUACAGGGAGACAGCUGAUUGGUUGCUGUCCCACACUGAGCAGAGGCCUAAAAUAGCCAUCAUCUGUGGUUCCGGCCUCAGUGGUCUUGCUGACCUGCUGGACAACAAGACUGUGUUUCCCUACAAGGACAUCCCACACUUCCCCAACAGCACAGUACAAGGACAUGUCAGUCAGCUGGUAUUUGGGGAGCUGCAGGGGAAGCAGUGUGUCUGCAUGCAGGGCCGCUUCCACUUCUACGAGGGCUAUGACAUUGCCACGGUGACGUACCCGGUCCGAGUGUUCUUCCUGCUGGGGGUGGAGACCUUGAUCAUUACCAAUGCUGCUGGGGGGCUGAACCCCAAAUUUAAAGUGGGUGACAUCAUGCUGAUCAAGGAUCACAUCAACAUGCCUGGCUUUGCAGGCCAGAACCCACUGUGUGGUCACAACGAUGAAAGGUUUGGAGUCCGUUUUCCCUGCAUGUCGGACGCCUAUGACAAAGACCUUUCUAGUCUGGCCAAAGAGACUGCUGAGGAGCAGGGCUGUUCCUCCUUCAUCCAGCAAGGUGUGUACUGCAUGCUUCCAGGUCCCACCUUUGAGACCAUCGCAGAGUGCAGAGUUCUCCAGAAACUAGGCGCAGAUGCUGUGGGUAUGAGUACAGUCCCUGAGGUGGUGGUGGCCCAUCACUGUGGUCUCCGUGUCUUUGGCCUGUCUCUCAUCACCAACAAGGUGGUCACAGACUACAAUAGCCAGGAGAAGGCCAACCACGAUGAGGUGCUGGAGACCACAGGAAUGCGUACUCAGGACCUACAGAGGAUGGUCAGUAACCUGCUAGCUAAGAUGUAG